GUGUCAUUGCUCUUUCAACAUGGGUCGCCUUCUAUCUUUUCUACUCCUUUUUUAUGUCUCUGUGCAGCUAUCCAAGGGCUUUGUGAUAACAGAAUCAGAGGAUGCAGCAGAAAAGAGACUUCUAAAGAAGAGAAGCACAGAUAGUGAGGCUGUCCCUGAUAUAGAAAUUUACAGCCUCCAAAUUGACUGCACAGUGACAUCACGAUUUGCACACAAUGUAAUAACCAGCAGAGUAGCUAAUCGUGCUAAUGUCUCCAAAGAAGUGACGUUUGAUGUGGAACUGCCAAAGACCGCAUUCAUCACCAACUUUAACAUGAUUAUAGAUGGAGUGACGUAUGCCGGAGUUGUGAAAGAAAAAGAAGUCGCUCAGAAACAAUACCAACAGGCAGUGUCCCGUGGGCAAACCGCUGGCUUAGUCAAAGCAACAGCCGAAAGAAAAGUGGAAAAAUUCACAGUGUCGGUUAACAUUGCAGCUGCCAGCAAAAUCACUUUUGAAUUGAUUUAUGAAGAGCUUCUUCAGAGAAAUGUUGGGAAAUAUGAACUUUUUAUCAGAGUGAAGCCAAAACAGCUGGUCAAGCAUUUCCAGAUCGAAGCCCAUAUUUUUGAACCACAAGGCAUCCGCUUUUUAAAUGCAGAGGGAACAUUCAUAACAAAUGAGUUAACUGACACAGUACAGACAUCUUUUUCUGGACCCAAGGGGCAUGUGAGGUUCAAACCCACAUUUGAUCAGCAGCGCAGCUGCCCAGACUGCCAGCAGACUAUCCUGGAUGGAGAUUUUCUGAUAACCUAUGAUGUUGAGAGGGUACACAGUGCAGGCGAGCUGCAGAUUGUCAAUGGAUACUUUGUACACUUCUUUGCUCCUGAAAACCUACCACGAGUACCUAAGAAUGUUAUAUUUGUGGUUGAUGUCAGUGGCUCAAUGCGGGGGACUAAAAUAGCUCAGACAAGAGAAGCACUUACUAAGAUACUGGAUGAUGUCAUUGAAGAGGACCACUUUAAUUUUGUUAUAUUUAGCACUUCAGUCUCUCUGUGGAAGACAUCCUUGGUUAAAGCCACCCCAGAGACGUUGAAGGAAGCGAAGGAAUAUGUUGCAAGUCUUGAAGCACAAUCAUUUACCAACAUAAAUGAUGCUGUACUGAAAGCAGUGGAGCUUCUAGAACAAGCUUAUGAAGCAAAGGAAGUGCCAGAGAAAAGUGCAUCCAUCAUAAUAUUUCUGACAGAUGGUGAUCCAACAUCUGGAGAAACAAAUACUGAAAAAAUCCAAGAAAAUGUCAGAAAUGUUGUACAAGGAAAAUACAGUCUCUACAGCUUGGGGUUUGGCAAUGACUUAGAUUAUAACUUCCUGGAAAAAUUGUCACUGGAAAAUAAAGGCAUAGCUCGUCGUAUAUAUGAAAGUUCAGAUGCAGCCUUGCAGCUUCAGGGCUUUUAUAGUGAAGUUGCAAACCCUUUACUCUUAGAUGUUGACAUCCAGUACCCUGAAGACUCCAUUUCUGAUCUGACAGAGACCAAUUUCAAGCACUACUAUAAGGGAGGAGAAGUUGUUGUUGCUGGUCGAAUUUCAGACAGUGACCUCCAAAAACUUACUGCUAACAUCAAAGCUCAAGGGGCUGCUGGUGACAUAACUUUACAGCAAGAGGCCACUCUUGGAGAGCUAGAAGAAGCCCUCAAAAAGCAACAAUACAUUUUUGGGAAUUAUACUGAAAGACUCUGGGCUUACCUUACAAUCAAGCAAUUACUGCAGCAACGUAUUUCAGCAAAGGGAGAUCUGAAGGCCAAUCUUACAGCUCAGGCUCUUGAAAUGUCCCUGAAGUACAACUUUGUGACACCCCUAACCUCCAUGGUGGUCACCAAGCCGGAAGAUAAGCAAGAUAACAGCACUUUGGUGGCUGAUAAACCUAUAGAAGGUGAAAGAUACAGACAGACCUAUGGUCAUCCUGCUCCAGUACCAGCAGCAGGAACACACCAUUCGUAUAACAUGGUGGCUGCUCAACUACCACCAGCAGCAUACCCUACGUAUCACACGGCAUAUGUUGACAGUGAUCCUCAUUUUGUCAUUGAAGUUCCAAGUCGAAAUGAUAUAAUUUGCUUCAAUAUUAAUGAGAAGCCUGGAGUGAUCCUGAAUCUUGUAAGGGAUCCUGCAACAGGAGUUACAGUUAAUGGACAGAUUAUUGGGAAUAAGAAGGCGGCUGGCAAGGCUGAGACUUCCAAUACUUAUUUCGGAAAGUUUGGAAUUAUACAUAAGCCACUGGGCAUGAAGAUUGAGGUCACUCCUGAAGUAAUCGCAGUCCACAGUGGAGAAACUAAGACUGUGUUCUCUUGGAUGGACACUGCAUCCUUACAGCAUGAAAGCCUGAAGCUUGUGAUUACAAAGGAGACGAGUCUGUCAGUUACUUUUGGGGAUGGUGCUACAAUUGUCAUUCUUUUACAUCGAGUCUGGAAGAAACACCCCCUCCAUCAGGACUUCCUGGGACUAUAUACUCUAGAUGAACGUCGAUUUUCUACUCAGACUCAUGGUCUUCUGGGCCAGUUUUUUCAUGAUCUGGACUUUGAGGUUUAUGAUAUCCAUCCUGGAUCUGACCCUGGAAAAUCAGAUGCUACAAUGAUUGUCAAAGGCAACAAACUCACGGUUACCAGGGGCAAGCAGAUUGACUACAGAACGGAUUUGAAACAUGGCACCUUUGUUCCCUGCUGGUUUAUCCAUAAUAAUGGAAAAGGACUGAUUAAUGGAGUUUCUUCUGACUAUGUGGUGUCUACCUUAUUUGAUACAAUGUGAAAUAUUUGCUACACAGAUCUCUUUUGCGCUAUUCUUUUUUCUGUAUAAUACAGUUGAGUUGGCAAUAUUCAGCAUACAUCUUAACGUGUCAGUAGCAUAUGUUGUCAUAACUGCUAAUAAAUAAAACACGUUUUAAACAA